AUGUCUACCAUCACAGGUGAUCAGGCUUAUGUGGACUCGGAACUAACUGCGGCUCGGGGGACGAUGACGGAGCAUGUCUUAACAGUCGAUGAGCAGGUCGAGAUAGAGCAGGAGCACGGCAUCAAGUAUAGGAGUUGUUCGUGGCAGAAAACAGCAGCGCUACUCUUCGCGCAGUAUAGGGCGCUACCCAUAAUGUCCCUUCCAGCAGCAUACUCAGCUCUUGGAAUUUUCUUAGGCUUGCUCAUGACCCUUGUGAUGGCCUUGAUAGUGCUAUAUACCUCGCUGAUUCUCUGGAAGUUCUGCAUUCAACAUCCAGAGGUCCGAGAUUUCUGUGAUGUGGGCCAAGUGCUCUUUGGCGGGAAGAGGUGGGCAUGGUACUUUACUGCCGCUUUGUUUUUGCUAAACAAUGUCUUUGUUUCGGGAAUUCAUCUUCUAAUUGGAGCAAGGUAUGUUGAGACUAUUAGUCAUAGAGGCUGGUGCGCUGUCAGUAUUACGGCUAUCAUGUCUGUGAUCUGCCUUGUUGGCACGCUCCCAAGGACCUUCGCUGGACUUUCCAAGGUAGCCAGUGCAACGGCGUUCUGCACCUUUAUUGCCGUACUUCUAGCCACAAUAUUCGCAGGUAUCGAGCCGCAUCCUGCAGGGUAUAAUUCAGGGAAGAUGAACAACGGGUUGCUUAUGGACGGAAUGCCACAUGUGCAUGCUUUACCUAAAGGGACAACGUUUAUGGCGGGCAUGAAUGCUUUUCUGAAUAUCACUUACACCCUCAUCGGCCAAAUCACCAUGCCCAGCUACAUUGCGGAAAUGCGUCAUCCAGAGGAUUUCCCUAAGGCUAUAUGGUCGGUUAUGGUCUGCAAUUCCUUGCUCUGCGGACUGGUCGGGUCGGUAAUUUAUGCUUAUGUUGGGGACCAAUAUAUGACGUCCCCAGCUUUCAGUUCUAUCAGUAACGAAACUUACCGCAUUGUUUCGUUCUCAUUCAUGGUCCCGACCUUAUCGUUUACCGGCGUACUAUACUCGUCCGUCUCGGCGCACUUCGUUUUCGAUAACCUGUUCGCAGGGAGUCGACAUAGAGCUUUUCAUACAGUGCAAGGCUGGGCAGCGUGGAUUGGUAUCUUGAUGACCAUCUGGGGCUUCACAUUUGUGCUAACGGAAUUGAUACCAUUCUUUGGAGACAUGUUAGCGCUCAUGAGUGCUUUAUUUGACUCAUUCUUUGGAUUUACUUUCUGGGGGAUGGCCUGUCUACAGCUCAGAAGGACAGGUAAGGAUAGUUUAAAGGGAGAUCAGAACUGGUUGGUUCCUCUCGUGGGUGGUGGACUGAUCAUUUCAGGAACUUUUGUCCUUGGGGUGGGGAUGUAUGUGAAUCUGUCCAUUCAUGUUCCACCGCCGUCGAUAGCAUCAAAAUUCUUUUUGAGAGCAAUGAGAACAAUAAGCUUUUCAGCUGUGCUUCCUUGA